GAGGCGCGGCACCGCGCGGCCCCACACCCCGCUAUAAGAGCGGAGCGAGCGGCCGCGCUCCGCAGUGCAUGGCAGCGCCGGGCCUGGGGCCGUUCCUCCGGGUCGGUCCGGGCACCCGCCCCGCUGCCGCCACCCUGACCUUGGCAUCGGGACAGAGCGGGCGGCGCGGCGCUGGGGAUGCCUUAACGAGAACGCGCAGGGACCUCUUCUAGCGAGGGGAGAGGCGACCUCCUCCCCGCUAUCGGAAGAAAAAGAGGAUUUAAAGAGCGGCUUUGCCCCCUUUGUUGACUGCGAAGGGCAGAGGAGGACCGGCAAGAUGAGCACUAGCACAGUUCCCUACCAACAAAACCCCUACACCGCCGGGAGCGGCUCCACCGUCAUCCAGUGCUACCGCUGCGGGGACACCUGCAAGGGCGAGGUGGUGCGUGUCCAGAGCAACCACUUCCACAUCCGCUGCUUCACCUGCCAAGUGUGCGGCUGCGACCUGGCCCAGUCGGGCUUCUUCUUCAAGAACCAGGAGUACAUCUGCACCCAUGACUACCAGCAGCUCUACGGCACCCGCUGUGACAGCUGCGGGGACUUCAUCACUGGGGAGGUCAUCUCGGCGCUGGGCAGGACCUACCACCCCAAGUGCUUCGUCUGCAGCACCUGCAGGAAGCCGUUCCCCAUUGGGGACAAGGUGACGUUCAGCGGGAAGGACUGCGUCUGCCAGAACUGCUCCCAUUCGCUUAUCAGCACCAAACCCAUCAAGAUCCACGGGCCCAGCCACUGCGCAGGCUGCAAGGAGGAGAUCAAGCAGGGCCAGUCCCUCCUGGCACUGGAGAAGCAGUGGCACGUCAGCUGCUUCAAGUGCCAAACAUGCGGGAUCAUCCUCACCGGAGAGUACAUCAGCAAGGAUGGAGUCCCAUACUGCGAGUCUGACUACCAUGCGCAGUUUGGCAUCAAGUGUGAGACGUGCGACCGGUACAUCAGUGGCAGGGUCCUGGAGGCGGGUGGGAAGCACUACCACCCCACCUGCGCCCGCUGCGUGCGCUGCCACCAGAUGUUCACCGAAGGAGAGGAGAUGUACCUCACAGGCUCUGAAGUGUGGCAUCCCAUCUGCAAGCAGGCAGCCCGGGCAGAGAAGAAGCUGAAGCACAGAAGGACAUCAGAAACCUCAAUCUCGCCACCCGGCUCCAGCAUCGGCUCCCCCAACAGAGUCAUCUGCGCUAAAGUGGAUAAUGAGAUCCUUAAUUACAAAGACCUGGCAGCUCUUCCCAAGAUUAAAGCCAUCUACGAAGUGCAGCGUCCUGACCUCAUUUCGUACGAGCCCUAUCACAGAUACACAUCGGAUGAGACGCUGGAGAGAUAUAGCUAUGGGGAGUCCUUGGGGACCCUCUCCCCGUACUCGCAGGACAUCUAUGAGAGCUUUGACAUCCGGCAGAGGCGAGCCUCCAGCCCUGGCUACAUCGACUCCCCCACCUACAGCCGGCAGGGCAUGUCCCCCACCAUCCCGAGGUCCCCCCACCACUUCUACCGCUCAGGCACAGAGAGUGGGCGCAGCUCCCCCUACUAUAGCCAGUUAGAUGUGAGGUCUUCUACUCCAACCUCAUACCAAGCACCCAAGCAUUUCCACAUUCCAGCUGCUGGUGAGAGCAACAUCUACAGGAAACCUCCCAUCUACAAGCGGCACGACAACGUCCCUGCAGCCACCAAAAGCAAAACCAGUGAGGACAUUGCACAGACAUCCAAGUACAGCCCUGCCUACUCCCCCGACCCCUACUACCACUCCGAGUCAGAGUACUGGUCCUUCCAGGGAUCCCCCAAAGCCCCCCGAGCCCGGCGGUUCUCAUCAGGAGGUGAAGAGGAUGGCUAUGAGCGGGGCAUGCACAAGAUCCAGAGCGGCAUCGGCAGGCUGAUCCUGAGGGAGGAGAUGAAGGCGCGCUCCAACUCCUACGCAGACCCCUGGACCCCACCCCGCAGCUCUGCCAGCAGCAGAGAAGCCCUGCACACGGCUGGCUAUGAGGGCUCCCUCAACGGCUCCCCCCGGAUGCACUACCUGGCUGACAGUGAUCCCCUCAUUUCCAAGUCAGCCUCUCUCCCUGCCUACAGGAGGAACGGGCUGCACAGGCCGCCCAGCGCGGAGCUUUUCCACUACGACAGCACCAACGCCGUCAACUGGGGGAUGCGAGAGUACAAGGUAAGAUGGCUCCCAGGCGUGACUGCCACCUGGAGGUGACACCCAGAGGAGGUCCCAGAGAGGUGCCCCUAUGUGCCCAGACCCUGUUAAGGAGAAGCUUUGCCCUAUCCCUGCCUUCUUCCCCCUCCAUCCCCAUCCCGACAGCCCAUCCUGGCACUGUAGGGCUCCCAGCAGAGCUUCAGCUUCCUGCCUGGGUCUCCAGCCCUGUGCUAGGCAGCAGUGUCUCCCUGGCACGAGGCAGAGGUGGGUGGCUGUGCUCGUGCUCCCAGCUCACAUUCACCUCUGGGUCACUCCUGGCUUUGCAGAGCGAGUAGCAGAAAUUUGAUUCACCGUUUCAGAGCCACACAGGUGGAUUAGGGUCACACCAAAAGCAAGCCACCUUCUACCCUGUCCCACCAAAGCCCUGCUGUGCUACUUAAGCCCCCCCCAAAAUGUGGCAGGGCGAGGCAUUGUCCUGGUGCCCUAUUGCUGGCUGUAGAGAGCUGCCAUGGUGCUGCUGUCCCUGCGCAGAUUUACCCCUAUGAGCUGCUGCUGGUGAAGACAAGGGGAAGGAACCAGCUGCCCAAGGAUGUGGACAGGACUCGGUUAGAGCGGCACCUCUCCCAGGAGGAGUUCUACCAGAUCUUUGGCAUGACCAUCGCCGAGUUCGACCGCCUGGCCCUCUGGAAGAGGAACGAGCUGAAGAAGCAGGCGCGGCUGUUUUAAAGGCAUUAUAAAUAUAUACAUACCUAUAAAUAUAUACAUAGAAAGAUCUCUAUAUUGCAGCUCUGUAUGAUUCUCAGUACUGUACGUGGCAGAGGCACCCUCUGCUCCCCUGAGAGUGAAUUGGAGUCU